AGUAUCUUCCAAAAAUUCCCACGAAUUUACACACGAACGCUUCCCCUCUCCCCCUCCCCCUCUCCCUCUCCCUCUCCCUAUUCGGUGAAACUGACUCUGGGAUUCCGGGUACUUGCCGGCCGGCGGCGGCGAACUUAUCUACCGACGUUUAACUAGUGGGUGAAGACAAGACUGUUUUGAUACUUAGAGAAUUCGGCCUCAUCUCUCGUGUUAUGGCAAUGAAGAUGAUCGUAGAUGAACAAAAGAAAAGGACCAUGGCGGCGUUAGAACGCCGGUUUAUGGCUGCAAAAGCAGAGGCACAACCCCAAGUAAGGGUGAAGAGAAGGCCUGAGGACACACUUUCGAAGUCUGCGCCUGGUGGUUCUUCUGUAGGGCCUUCGGUUGAGGCACCUACUGCUUGCAUGCUGAAUGCUUCAUCAAAAAAAGCAGGCCUGGGAGGAGAGGGUCUUACUUACUCGCGUAUUUGUGAGCCAGUGCAUGAAAAUCUCCUGACAGUUGUAGAGACAUCUAAUAAAGACAAGACCACAGUUGAUAAAAUUUUACAUGAGGUCCUUCAAAAAGGUGAUUCAGCUCAGAAGUACAUCCAGGGCUCUAGGAGCAUCAAGUUGGACAACUGGAUUCUACUUGACAAUUUUGUCCAAGGGAGUAACACGUCUGUUUCUCGCUUACGAGCAUUGCGUGCAAACUCCAAGCGCUCUAAGAGGCAUAUGUCCAUGAAACAGCUUAAAAAGUGUGGGUUGUUAAAUCUUCCCCAGGAUGUACAUAAAUUUGAGCUUUUUAUGCCAAUACAUGAGAUGUGGCAGAAGUACGUAAUGCAACUUUUGAAAAACAGUGGGAAAAAUCAUGUGGGCCAGUCUCUUUACACUGCAGAUCUCCAUGGUGCUAUUCUUCGAGUGGUUGACUGCAAAAUUGACUCCUUUAUUGGGGUGGUCGGCAUCAUGAUCCGUGAAACAGCCGAGACAUUUGGAAUAAUUACACGAGAAAACAAUGUUCGAGUUGUACCAAAAAGGAAUUCUGUUUUUGUAUUUCAAGCUGAUUGCUGGAGAAUCACAUUGCUUGGUGAUAAAUGCACUUCAAGGAAAUUGGAUACAUUUUAAAUUAAUACUAUCAGUUGUAUGCGAGAAUGUUACUGUAAUGGUGGCUGAUGGAAAAAAAUAUAAGCAGACUUCAAGCUCAAGGUAAUGUACCGCGCCACAUUCAGACUCAAGGUAUUGAGUCCUGUUGCUUGCUCAGUAUGUUUGCAGAGAACGUGAUGGUAUCAUCUCAUGUUUGAUUUAUACUGGGAACACAUUUUGAUUUCUAGAACUUGGCUGAAUGUGAAACGAUCAACCUCUACGGGAAAAGUGACACCAAGUUUGCUUUUACUCGUAAAUAAAGGGACUCCAUGAGAUGCAAACAUAUAUACUCAGAUGCCGAUGCAGUUACAGUGAAAAUCUGAGAUCCUUCUUAACAUAGUCUGUCAGAUAUCAAUUUGGAGUGGUUCAAGUCCUCAAGUUUUGGUUAAUAGUAAGAUAGAAACUUAUGAUUCGUUAAUAGUCGAAUAUUUUAUAUGAUUAUGAAUGUUGGUUGGUCAAUAGUGUUCGUAUCCUAGUGCUAGGUUGGUGCUACGUUCAGCAACCAACUUGGUGUAGUAUUGACAAUGAACCAAUCAUUAGAGUGAGAUUGAGUUAGCUUAUUCCCUUUUAUGUUAUAAUAUAAAAAGUUAUUGUGUUUGA